CACAUGCGCACUCGUAAAAGCUACGUGUUUAAUCAGUAUUUACGGGCAUCAAAAUUCAGCGAGACCCAAUAAGCGAGUAAAUCAAUUGAAAGUAUUGCGCUAAUAAAUGCAUUUGCUUCUAACGGAUAGAUGUUACAAGUUCAGGCGGAACGUGAAUUUUUAUAUAUUCGAGAAACAUAUACAAUUGUCACUUGGAUGAAUUUGUAAAAUAUGAGGCCCUAUCAAAGAAGACAACAGGGCUUACAGUAUGGAAUUGUUUUGCUGGGUAUGCAAGCCAUGAAUUAUGGUCUUGACAAAAUUCCACCAGCAACAUUAUUUACAAUCAUUGGACAAGUUUUGCUGUACAUUGGUUUGAUAAAAGUUCCAUGGAACGCGGAAGAAGUAUGUAUAUCUUCGAUAAAAGUACUCAAAUAUCGAAAUUGGAAGUCAUUUUUAAUAUCAAAUUUUGAACAUGGCUCGGAUAUGCAUUUGUAUUACAAUAUGGUAUCUUUGAUAUUGAAAGGCUCGUACAUAGAACCUAUGUACGGGACAAUGAAUUUUAUUUUCUUAUUGGUUAUCCUUAUGCUCGGAUGCAGCACUAUGUACACGUUCUUAGGCUAUGCCUUAAUGGAAUUGACCGGAGAUUAUUCGUAUUAUACGCAAUGCGCUAUCGGAUUCUCUGCUGUUUUAUUUGCGUUGAAAGUUAUUGUAGUUUGCGAAGAAAACGAUAGAAUGCACAACAUCGGCGGAUUCAGAGUUCCUAGCAAAAUUGCUGUCUGGGUUGAGCUACUCUUACUUCAUCUCUUAGUGCCACAAUCUUCGUUUAUAGGACACCUUGGUGGUAUUCUGGUUGGGUGUUUAUAUUGUUACACUUUUGUUGGCGAAAUAAUCGAUACCUUAUUGUGUAUUCUGACUGAUGCUCCUAUCGUACACGAGGAACAAUUUUAUAGAAGACGCAGUUCAUUUUUCAGGCGAACUGUAGGUUGAAAAUGAUUUAAAAUCUUAGAUUACCAGAUGUUGUAAUAUUUUUACCAAAAAGUAAUAUACCCGUGGUUUUAAAAUAUUCACCUACAAACUUGUAAAUAUACAUAUAUUUUGAUACAAAUGUACUAUAUUUGUAAACAGA